GGAACCUUGUCUGACUACAUGUUUCUGCCGAGUCGUUUUACGGGCGGACACGUACCUUGUUUAACGGUAGACGCAAUGUGAUUUUAUUUACACUUUUAAUCAACACCUCAGCGUUGAGACGUAAAUAUAAAAAUAUUCUGUACACUAUUUUUGACAUGUUGUUAACCUAUCGUAUCCGCUGUAGGAACAUAUUUUCAGCAUGUGAGGUAACGCUGGGCUGCUGACAGGGGAAGGAUUAUAACGAUGCUAACGAUUUUAUUGGAAGCAACUGUAAUGUUAUCACGUUAACUAAACAGCAGUGAUAUUAUCCGUGUGUCUCCAUCCCAUAACUUACCCCAGCCUGUGAUCUAAAACAACACACAGAAUGCCUAAUGCCAGUGCAAGGCCGAAGCAUGGCAGGAGGACCCGCAGGCGACGCAGAGAGGACCCAGCCAGGAACGAACUGGUCUCUAGUUCUCUAGAAAGCGCCCAGCAGUGCCUAUUCAACCAAGACUAUGGAACUGCGUUUGUGCACUACCUUCUGGUCCUCAACCUGGCGCCUAUGUUUAAAGACUUUGCAAGGGAGUCCUUCAGGUUCACUCUCUUUAAAUGGACAGAAGAGCUGGACUCUGUGGGCCGCAUUCAGGAACUCUUUGACUGUUAUGAACAGGCACUGGAACUGUUUCCUGCUGAUGAGGUUAUCCUGAACAGCAUGGGGGAACACCUUUUCAGAAUGGGCUUCAGAGAUGAAGCUGCAGGUCAUUUCCAUAAAGCCUUGAAGCUGAGACCGGACUAUCCAGAAGCCAGGGAGAACUUCUACCGUGUGGCGAACUGGCUGGUGGAGCGCUGGCACUUCUUAAUGCUGAACGACCACGGGAGGAACAGGAAGUACCAACAGGCCAUUCAGAAGGCUGUGCAGAGCGGCUGCAAUACUGUACUGGACAUCGGUACUGGCACUGGCAUCCUCGGUAUGUGUGCAAAGAAGGCCGGGGCUGCUGAGGUGUACGCCUGCGAACUGUCCAAGACAAUGUAUGAAUUAGCCUGUGAGGUGCUGACAGCUAAUAAAAUGGAUGAUAGCAUCAAGAUCGUCCACAUGAAGUCUUUGGAGAUGGAAGUGCCAAAGGAUAUCCCACAAAAGGUUUCCUUGGUGGUGACAGAGACGGUAGAUGCAGGAUUGUUUGGAGAGGGCAUCAUAGAGAGUCUCAUUCAUGCCUGGCACCACCUACUGCUGCCUCCACAGAGAGGCGAAAAUGAGACCCAGGAUCAGUCUGAGACAGGAAGGGUGAUCCCAGCUGGAGCCACUGUGUUUGGGAUGGCUGUGGAAAGCCUCGAGAUCCGCAGACAUCACAGGCUCUGUGUGUCAGAGGUGGGCAGUCUGUCCAUAGCUGCAGCCGGGGAGCUCCGCAGUCCAGUGAGUUGCAGCCCUGAGCCUGACGACUCCAUGGAGCCGUACACCACAGAGAGACUCAGCAGACUGCCCGGGGGGUAUAAACCUCUCACUGAGCCAUUCACUGCCCUCAACAUAGAUUUCAACAAUGUGCAGGAGCUGGAGGGGCUGAGCUCCAGGGAGGUUCAGCAGAUCCGCCUGCCCGUCACUCAGGAAGGGGAGCUGGACGCUCUGGCGGUUUGGUUCCAGCUCCACCUGGACGAGGACAGCAGUCUGUCCACCGGACCAGAGGAGGACACCUGCUGGGAGCAAGCCAUCUACCCUGUCCACAGCACCAAGGGUUUUGUCCUGAAACCUCAGGACGAGCUGGUGGUUGAAGUCUCCUGCAGAGACGCCUUCCUGCGCCUCUGCAGUGUCGCUGUGCUGAGGGACGGGCAUGAAAUCUGUCUAGACACACUCCAGGAUUCUCAGGACACUGAAGACCCCGUUUCAAAUCAAACCCCAGAGGCAGAACUGUGCAGUGCACUGGCCUGUCUUCAGACUGACCAGAACCAAACGAAAGACUUCUGCAUGCUGGAAUGUUCAGAGAUGGCCCUCCUGAACAAUCUGGAGUACCAUCAGAGUUUCAGCAGCGCGCUCUCCAAACUGAUAUCCCAGCUGAAGGUUAAAUGCCAAAACAAAGAGCCAGGAUCAGGUGUUCAGUCCGGCCUCGCUGAUUCUCCUGACCUGCUCUUCAUCCUCGACGUGUCAGAGGGCUUCUCUCUGCUCUCCCUCAUCGCUGCCAGCCAUGGACAUGUAAAAGCAUUCAGCUCUGUGGAAAAGGUAAAGCAACAGGAAGUCCUAAAGAGACUGGCUCAUUCCAAUAAUGUCCCCGAGCAGCAUCUAGAGUUCUGGCUCAACAACAUGGAAGAUGAGCAGGGGAUGCUGAAAAGGCCAUCCAGGGAGAAGCUGUGGAGCGCCAUCAUGCUGGACUGUGUGGAGACGUGUGGUCUCAUCAGACAGAAGCUGAUGGAGAAAGCUUCCCUGGCCCGGUGUUUGCUGGAAGACGGAGGAAGUAUUUUUCCUGCAAAGAUUGUGGUGCAGGGGAUUCUGGUGGAGUCAGACACGUUGCUGCUGGAAAGUGCUGUCCAGGGUCAGGAGCCGACGCUGGGAUUCAACAUCGCUCCAUUCAUCAACCAAUUUACUGUACCGGUACAUGUGUUUUUGGACUUCUCCACACUGGAGUGCAGGCAUCUCAGCGAGUUUGUGGAGCUCUUUGUUCUGGACCUAAUGGAAUCCACCGCCAACUACACCAACAGAGAAGUAAAGGUCCAGGCUACAUCUGCAGGCAGAAUUACUGCGAUUCCCUUCUGGUACCAAAUCUACCUGGACCAGGAGAUCAGCGUGAGCACCCUCAGCCAGAACUCGCACUGGAAGCAGGCAGCCGUGGUGCUGCAGCAGCCUCUGCAGGUGCAGGCCGGAGACUGGGUCCGCCUUGCUGUGAAGCUUCAGAAGAGUGCCAUCUCCAUAUCAGCACACAGAGAGAAUACCCCCGGAACAAUGGAACAAUAAGCUCUUAGUAUUUUAGCAAUUAAGUUUCAUUUCAAUGUAUUUUAUGCCUCAAAUAGAGGCUCAUAGGGAACUGCAUUAAGCACUAUGCAUUGAUUUCUCUGGUUACAAGGUUCAACUUCUGUAGCGCCAUUUUCCAUUGAUGUAAAACCUGUCUUAAACUUUUUUUCCGAUACACAUGGGAUCUGUCUUGAGCUUUAGUAGAAUCCUACAUGAGCCACACCACCGCAUAAUCACACCUUAAAGCAUCUGUAACAAUAAACCUUUAAAUCGUGUUUUUAUUUCUAAAUUGUGCCAUAAAAUAAUAGGACAUUUAUCAUUUGUACUUAUGAAUAUAUUAUUUGUAAGUAUAUCAAUAUUAUAGAUGUCCCUCGAUUAUGGAAACUGGUGUUUCUGUAAAGAUGUAUGUUGCUGUCAAUAAAAAAAGUUCAAGAAUUAAUGUCAAUUUCUUAAUAAAUGCAAGACAAAAUCA